AUGACGUCGCGUGUGCCCUUUAGCGGGACAUCGCUGGCGGCGCACGCCAUGCCGAAUGAUGAUGCGGGCACGUGCAUGUGUACGGUUGUGGUACCAAUGCAGUCGAGCAUGCCCAGAGCAGCUGCAGCUGCAGUAGCUACUGCGCCACCAUCCAAUUCCGCGACUGACGGAGGCGCUUACCAAGCAGGUUUUCUCCGCUGUCCGCUGCCACUCCCAACGCUUGGCAGCGGUGUGAGCAGUGGCGCAGCGCCAGCACUAGCGUCUGCCCCACUAAUCAGUGGGAGCCAUGAUCGCCACUGGCAGUCACCGCUCUUCAUUGCCUCUCCACAAUCAGCUCCGCCGCCUUCGGCGUGGGAGAGUGAGGAGACCGGUGUUGUAGCUCCAGCAGAGAUUGACCAUGGCACCGCUACCGGCAGCGGCGCUGAGGAAGAUGAGGUUGCUAGGCAAGAUGAGGCGCCAGUCGAGCGAUGUGGGGUGAGCCGCGACGCCCAGCGCCUGUAUGUGCACCCUCUCGCUGCGGCUGCCGCUUCCGGAGUGUCCCUCGCCUUCCCACCACCUGCGGAUCCUAUCACGGCUGCCCUUGCCCGUCAGAAUCAGCAGCAGCACCGCGGCGAAUCGCGCUCCCCGCUUUCCUCACGCACGCUGCAGGCACUGUACGCAGCGUGCGCAGAGGGGCGACGCUCCAGCUUCCUCGCGCAGCUCACCGCUGACGACGUGCUGGCACCGCCGCCCCUAGCGCUGACCUGGUACCCAUCUGUGCCCUCCGGCGUAACGAAGUUUGCUGAUCGCAAGCGCACAGUAGAUGGCGUGACGGUGGCCACGAUGCACCAGCACGAGAAGAGCAUGUUGGACGAGGAGGAGCACGAUGCUGCUGAGAUGACAUCCACUGGCGUUUCACCCCCAUCGCGUCGCCCGCGGACGGAGGAGUUCACUGUGCCUGUCGCGGAGCUGCCGUCCAUCUCGCCGUGUUCAUCGGUGGCUGCAUCUCUGUGUGUAUGUACACCGCCACUCGGCGCAGACUCGGUGGGGUGCCGGACGAAACGAGGCGACAGCGCCGCUGCCAGUGUGCACGCGAACGCAUACCGAAAGCGUGAUCGUGAUGAGCGAGUGUACGAGUACCUCUCGCACGGGCGGCGGCUGCGUUGA